AUGGCUGCCACAUCAGAAACACUUCCUCACCUCUUCGACGUCGUCAGAGCAAGAUACCCCGAGUCUCUCGGGCCAGAAAGAUGGUACCUCAUAGCCGCAUCGGCUCUCAUAACGAAUUCCGACCCUUCCAAUCUUGGUCAACUAUGGGUCUAUCUUAUCAAUCAACCCGAAUACAAAAGUCUCGAGAAAAGAAAGACGCUCAACACGCGAUUGCGAGAGUUUCUGUUGAAACAAUGGAUUACGAUAGGGGUGCCGAAAGUGGCCGUUGCUCUGUUUUCCUUGAUCAAGGAGGAGCAAACAGGCGAUGCGGAUCUAAAUUUCACAAAACAAUCCACCGCCCUCACUCCCGCCAACCGGGCUCAAGGCGAGCGUUAUCUCGCCCACCUUUACACUCAGGAGCAAAUGACGACCAUGUGGACUUCUUGGGGCCAAAACUUCGAAUGGCUGACCAAGGAUGUCGUUUACGGCAUGUUUUGGGGCGAUCACACCGUCCUCGACACCGUCGACACACAACUUAUCAAUUACACCGCCAUCGUCAGCCAGGGAUUAGAAGUCACGGUGCGUACUCAUUUGAAGGGAUUGUCAAACAUGGGAUUGAAUGUUGAGGAGAUUGAGGGCGUGACGAAGUGUGGCGAAAUAAUUGCGAAGUGGGCGGGGGUUGAUACGGCAGGCUGGCCAGAUGUGAAAGGGAUUGCGGCUGACUUUGAGAAGAAGUGA